AUGUCACCCAUUAAUUAUACUAUUAAAAAUAUUCAACAAGGAGUAAUAAUUGAAUCAAAUGAAAUACCAAGCUCAAUAAUUCUAAAUAACUUAUAUAAUUAUUGGAAAUUUAAUAAAACUCAAUGCAUCUUUAUUAUUGAUUAUCUAAUGAAAGAAAGAAUACUUUCUUGUUUUAAUUAUAUUUUUAAUGAUUCUAAAAGUUAUUCUUUUCAUUACAUUGAUAUUAGAGACUCUCUAAAAACAAUAAAUAUACCUCUAUUUUCAGAACCUCUUCAACAAAAGUUUUGUAUACUUCCCAUGUUAAUACAAAUUCAUAUUACUCUUACUAUUAUUAAUAAUCAAACAGAAUCAAUAUCAUUUAUUAGUUUUGAUUCAUCAAUAAAUUGUAUUAUUUCUUCAAAUUUAAUUUGUAAUGUGCCACUUAUUUUAUAUUCAGGAGAAACACAUAAUUAUUCAUUUAAUAGAUUACAAUCAUUUACUAUUGCAAAUAAUUGGUUAUUCUCUUGUAACUCAAAUUCACUUGUUAAUGGUAAAAUUAUUGCUCAAUUUGGUACAAUUAGUUUGUCUUUAGAAGAUAUUCAAUUUCUAGAACGUAUCACAAAACAAUUAAUUCAAAUUAAAGAAUUAAUAAGCAUAGAAUUAAAACAACCCGAAAGAGAAGUAUACCUUGUUGAUCUUUCAAUUUCAAUUCCAACAUCUAAGCUAUUCAUUUUACAUCAAUCCCAAUGUCUUCAUUUUAUUAAAUUAACAUUUACCAAUGAAAGUAUUAUUUGA